GGACGGCGCGCAGGCAGCGCGCCGGGCAGCCCUCGACCCGUGGCUAUGGCGGCGGCGCGGGGGGCGCGGGGGCCGCUGCGACUCCUGUUCGCGAUGCUGCGGGGCCGGGCGGUAGGCUUCUCGGCCAAGGCUGCAGAUGUUCAUUGUUUGACUGCAGAGGAGAGGAACCAAGUUAUACAUGACCUUAAAGCAGCAGGAUGGUCAGAAUUAAAUGAGAGAGAUGCCAUCUACAAAGAGUUCUCCUUCAAAAAUUUUAAUCAGCUCCAUCUCAUGCAGGCAUUUGGCUUUAUGUCCCGAGUUGCCCUGCAAGCCGAGAAGAUGAAUCACCACCCGGAAUGGUUCAAUGUGUAUAACAAGGUGCAGAUAACCCUAACCUCGCAUGACUAUGGUGGACUGACCAAGAGAGAUGUGAAACUGGCCAAGUUUAUUGAAAAAGCAGCCGCUUCUGUGUGAUUUCUUCCAAAAUGCAUGUCAAACCCUGUACACAUCUUAGUUGUCAUGUCUCGGAGCUCAUCUUCGUGUCCAUCUAUAGCUCUGAGUUCUGCAUGAAGCUCUACGUGGACCCCAUCAACUACUGGAAGGAUGGCUACAACCUGCUGGAUAUAGUCAUUAUCAUCAUUAUCUUCAUU